AUGGAGAUCCUUGACUUGGUAAUGAGCCCCAACGCUACAACAUAUGACAUUUGGACGAACAUUGAAAAUAUGUCUCGCGAUAACAAGAAAAGCCGCGCUGUCUUCCUCGAGGCCAAGUUUCGCAAUAUCAACCAGGGAGAUAUAACAAUUACUGAGUAUUGUCAUAAGCUCAAGACUGUGGCAGAUGCUCUCGGUGACGUCGGCCAGCCUGUCUCUGAUGAAAUAUUAGUCCUCACAAUGCUUCGGGGCCUCAACGACCACUUCGCAACUAUGGCUACUUUGCUAACUAUGCAAUCACCUUUUCCCACCUUCAUUCGUGUGUGUUCCUUGCUCCUCCUCGAGGAAACGCGACGCAACAAUGCCGCCAAGAGCACUACCCCUAUCACUGCUCUUGUUUCGACUACCACCUCCACAAUAGAUCAUAGAAAUACUAAUGUUCGUGGUGCCCGUGGUAACUUUAACGGCCAUGGUCGUGGUGGUCGCAACAAGGGCCAUGGUCAUGGUGGUCACACCGAGUGA